CGAUAGGCCGUUAGUCGCGCGCUCGCUUCCCCAAGAUGGCGGCCGGUAAGGAAGGUUGUGUUUUGGGAGAAGUGGCCGGAGGGAACGGACGGCGGCUCCACCUGGGGAUUCCUGAGGCCGUUUUCGUGGAAGAUGUAGAUUCCUUCAUGAAACAGCCUGGGAAUGAGACUGCAGAUACAGUACUGAAGAAGCUGGAUGAACAGUACCAGAAGUAUAAGUUUAUGGAGCUCAACCUUGCUCAAAAGAAAAGGAGGCUAAAAGGUCAGAUUCCUGAAAUUAAGCAGACUUUAGAAAUUCUAAAGUACAUGCAGAAGAAAAAAGAGUCCACCAAUUCACUGGAGACCAGGUUCUUACUGGCAGAUAACCUGUAUUGCAAAGCUUCAGUUCCUCCUACCGAUAAAGUGUGUCUGUGGUUGGGGGCAAAUGUAAUGCUUGAAUAUGAUAUUGAUGAAGCUCAGGCGUUGUUGGAAAAGAAUUUAUCGACUGCCACAAAGAAUCUUGAUUCUCUUGAGGAAGACCUCGACUUUCUUCGAGAUCAGUUUACUACCACAGAAGUCAACAUCUUCAUAGCUAGUCAAGUAGUGUAUUUAUUAAGGGUCUCCUGUGUUCCUGCAACUGUGCUAAGCUGUAUGGGGCAUGGGCUGGUGAGAGGAUCAGUGCAAAACAAGAAGAGUGGCGAAGUCUUGCUCUGUUACAACUGCACUUGUGAACCUGCUGAAUGAUCGUCUCACAGCAAAAUAUAAGUGCAUUUGACACAGAAGAUUACUCUCUCCUCCGAACAUCCCCUCCUUGGUUUCUGUGGUCCCUGCCUGGUUUUCCUCCCCUCUCUGCCUGCUGCUUCUCAGUUUCAUGUGCUGAUGCUUCUACCUCCUAGACGUCUGGACUUCAUUCAGCCUUGUGCUGGAAAAUACUGCCUCUGCACUGGCGAUGCUCAGAUUUUUAUCUCCAGCGUGGACGAAGUCGGCAACAUCUGCUUCACCGCCACAGCCUCCGGAGUGGACUCUGCUUCCACCCUUGCCUCUCUUCAGGGCAAAGCCAGCAUCCUGACAGUGGUCUCGGUUCACUGACAUGAGACUAGCUUCCACUCUGUCUUUUCAUUUACCUCCUACCCUUCCCCUUGUGCCUUCUGCGCUCGCACACCUGUCUCUUUCCUGUUCCUGGAAUGGACUCAUUUUGUUCCUACUUCAGGACUUUUCCGCUUGUUGUUCUGUCUUCCUGAAAAGUGCUUCCCGAGGAAUCUACAGAUAUCUACGUGGCUUACCCCUCCACUCAAAUAUAACUUCAUAAAUAAGCUUCAUGUUGCCACCAUAUACACAUUUGAAAUGAGUAGCCCCCGCAAAACACGUAAAAGUGUGUCCUUAUUCCUCUUCUUUGCUAUUUCCCCAUUAGUACUUAAGUCUAGUGUGUAUGCCAUGGCUUACUAGGGACAGCCCUGGUUUAUACCUAUUGUAGAGCAGUCAGUUAACACCCUGUUUUUAAGCUCCCCCUUCUACUUUCAAUACUGUCUCAGCUUGGUUGUGAUUUCUGACUGGAGCACAGAAAAGGGAAGGCCCAGGGAACUGGAUUGUACUGGAGUGAGAAACAUAGGGAGGAGCUUAGGAAAAGCGAACCUGUGAGUUCCGUAGGUAUUCCUAAUCAACACACCAAAGACUUCCAAAACUGAGCAAAAGGAUAGUUCACCGCCCAGUUUCUGGACGGUCCACUGAGUGCUGCACGAACACAGGAAAGAACUCAGUGGCUCAGCAAAAGUUUUGAGAACAACUGGCAUUGGAAAAACAGCCCACAGAGACCAGUUUGGAAUGUGAGACCUUAACCCAUCCAGAUAAAUUGUCUGCUAAAACAAAAAUAUCUAUGUUCGCCAUAGAAUUUAAACAAGACCCAGAGUCACAUAACAUUCAAGAACCCGAGAAGUAUCCACUCACCCGAAAAAAACAAAAAGUAUAAAUUUAUGUAGAUAACAUAGAAAUUAAUAUAUUACAAUGCAGAAAAGAUCAAAUUGAUAAAACCAAGAACAGAACUGGUUCUUUGAAAAUACCGAUAAAAAUAGACAAACCUCUAAUAACUCCUCUGAAUAAUAAAACACAGAAACAUAGAACAUUAUAAAUGAAAGGUUUCUAACCACCAAUACAGAUAUUUUAAAAUUAUACCAAGCACAACUGUAUGCCAGUGCGUUUGAAAUUCUAGAUAGAAAAUAUAACUUUCAAGGAAAAUAUAAAUUACCAACAUUUACCCACAAGGAUGCGUGUGUUAAUCUGGACAGGCUGGGCGAUGCUACGUUAGUCAAUCCCAAUCCCUGGGGCCACUUCACUCUGGAAUCCAGGCUGAUGGAUUGAACUAUUCUAAGGUAUAUAAAAAGACAGAUUCCCAACCAUUUCAUGAAUUCAAAAGGCCAGAAUAACCAUGAUGCCACACCUGACAGCACCAAAGAUCAACAUUUUCCAAUGUGUUUCUCACUGAAUAGUAAUUCUUUAAAAUCCUUGAGAAAGUGAAUUUUUUUGUCAUAUGGGUUGAGGAGAGCCCCUAUAUGUAAUAGUGUAGUCCUACAGAAUACUAUUUUGCUUUGUUUAAUCCACAAUUUUCCAAAUUUAUUUGACUGUAUGUUCCUCCCCCCACCCCAACCCAAUUCCUCUUAAUCCCUGCGGACUACUUUUUUGGAAAUACUCUUAUGAACCAAUCUCAAACAUGAAUAUAGAUGCAAAGAUGCUAAUAAAAUAUUAGUAAAUUAAAUCAAGCAGUGUUUAAAGCAUAACACCAUGAACAAGUAGAGUUUAUGCUAAGAAUGUUAAGCAAUAUUGUUAAACAUUAACAGAUUUACUAAUACAACUAAUAAUAGGCUGAGGGAAGAAAACCAUUUGAUUAUUUCAAUGGGUACAAGAAAGACAUUUGAAAAACUCAACAUACACUCUUGAAAAGUUCUAUAACCUAAUAAAGAUAAUUUAAAGUUAAAAUUCUUCUAGCAGGAGCAAGACAAAGAUGCACGCCAUCCCUGUUGUUAUUCAUCGUUUUGCUCCAGGCUCUGGCCAGUGAAAGAAGACCAAAAUAAUAAUAAUAAUAGUAAACAUUAGAAGGGAAGAGAGAAAAUGAUCAUUAUUUGUAGACUAUAAUGUCUACCUAGAAAACAGAAGAGAUCAAUUGAAAAACUAAUGAGAAUUCAGUAAUGUGUCUGUUUACAAGAUGUAAGCAUACACAAAUCCACAGAUUUCCUACACAGUAGAAAUAACCAACUAGAACAGGUAAUGAGAAAAAAACCUAUUUAUGAUAUAUAAAUA